AUGAACACCGCUUCUGCGCUGAACGAAAUCGAGGUGGCGGUCCUCCAGCUUAUGGAUGAGGCCAACAGCCGAGAAUCGGCACCAAACGAAGACAUUGUGCAGCUUCGGAGCAAAGGCUCACAGAACGAGGCGAUUCCACAGACAGAAACGGAGAAUAUGUCGGCCAUCUACCGUCGUGCCGGAGUCAGUGGCGAAGAGCACACACGACUCUGUCGAGAGUGGUACUACGGUGUGAACAUGCCACAGAAGUUCAUGGCAAUAUGCAAGAAAGGGGGAAGUCGCAGGGCUUUCGCGUACCGGGUUCUGUCAAACAUAUCGAAAGAAGUGCUAAGGGACCAAAAUGGGCUUGAACGUUCAUACGAUAUAACAUACUUUAAGGAAACGUGUUAUAUUAACUACCGUGUCCUCUGGGAAAAUAUCGAGUCGUUUGGGCGAGGUCUUGUGGAGUUGGGUAUUUCACCAAACUCCCGAGUCGCCAUAUACGAGGAGACGCGGUGGGAGUGGUUGGCAACAAUUUACGGUAUCUGGUCGCAGAAUAUGGUUGCCACCACAGUGUACGCCAAUCUUGGGGAAGAUGCGCUCGCGUAUGCCCUCCGGGAAACAGGAUCCCGUGCAAUUAUAUGCAACGCAACAAAUGUGCCAACACUGGUCCGGUUGGUGCAGAGCAACCGCAUUCCGCCCUUGGUGAUCAUUUACAUUGGUCAGCUACCUCCGGAUACAAAAAGCACACAUUGCCGCAUCAUCUCUUGGCUUCAUGUCGUGGACAAUGGUCGCCUCUCAGAUGAACCACUUCGAAUCCCCACUGACAAUGACCAAGUUGCUUUCAUCAUGUAUACGAGUGGUACGACGGGGGACCCCAAAGGUGUCAUUCACACACAUGGCUCACUGAUCUCGGGUGUUACUGCUUGUGCCGACUACGUGAAUGAACUGAUUGGUCCUUACGAAGAGGGUGAGUCGUACUGCGCUUACCUGCCUCUUGCCCACAUAUUUGAAUUUGGUGUCGUCAACAUCUUUCUUGCUCGCGGUUCUUUUGUUGGGUUUGGAAACCCCAGAACACUUCUCGACACGUACACUCGUCCACACGGUGAUUACAGGGAGUACAAACCGGUUUUCACAAUUGGCGUGCCGCGAGUGUACGACACGAUAAAGAAAACGGUCGAGUCACAGCUGGCACCCCGAGGGACACUACAGCGCCGUAUAUUCGAACACGCCUUCCAAACGAGACUUCGAGCCCUCAAGAAGGGUGAGGAGACCCCGUACUGGAACAGGUUAAUUUUUUCUCCAUUUCGGUCCAUGCUUGGAGGUAAGAUGAAAACGAUGCUUUCCGCCGGAGGGCCCCUCAGCGCACCAACGCAAACAUUUCUUCAUGUUGUAUUUGGCAUCAUGCCACAAGGUUGGGGCCUCACGGAGACGGUGUGUGUUGGCACAAAGCAAGUCGCAGGUGAUAUGGAACCGGCCGCUGCAGGCAAGCAAGAGCGCACAUGUGAAAUGCGACUACUGGACGUGGAAGGAUACAAGCACACCGAUGAGCCCGAUCCUCGUGGGGAAAUUCUUCUGCGUGGUCCAUUCCUCUUCAAAGGGUACUACAAGCAGGAAGAACUAACCAAGGAGGUGCUUGAUGAAGAUGGUUGGUUUCAUACGGGUGACGUUGGCAGCAUCGGCCCCAAUGGAACCCUUCGCAUCAUUGGCCGCGUGAAGGCCUUGGCAAAGAAUGUUCUUGGAGAGUAUGUUGCCAUGGAAGCUUUGGAAUCCAUGUAUGCACACAACUCGCUGAGCAUGCCCAACGGUGUUUGUGUCCUCGUGCAUCCUGACAGACCGUACAUUUGUGCGCUUGUUCUUACUGAUGAAGCGAAGGUUGUUGCGUUCACGAGGGAGCAUGGAUUGAAAGGUAAAUACCCUGAAGUUCUGCAGGACCCCGAGUUUCAGAAGAAGGCUACAGCAUCAUUUCAGGAGACGGCUCGUGCAUCUGAUCGACAGAAGUUUGAGAUUGUACGUCACGUACGCCUACUGAGUGAUGAGUGGACUCCUGAAAAUGGUGUGCUGACGGCCGCAGGCAAACUGAAGCGACGCGUCAUCGAUGAGAAGUACACUGAUACUAUUGUGUCACUUUUCGUGGAGGAGUGCUGA